CCAAUAGGGGGAAAAAGAUGGCCAAGCGGGCUUCAAGGCCGAAAAAUGGCAAACCCCCCAAGCGAUAGGCCUAGGCACAUCAAGUGCCUGCAAGUGAACCUCCAUCAUGCAAAGGCGGCCUCUGACGUCUUAUGCAGGAGGUUCAAAACAGAACUCUUGGAUGUCGCAUUCAUCCAAGAACCGUGGGUUUUCGCCGGGGCUAUUAAAGGCCUAAACGACUGUGAUGAGUUGACACAACAGGACUUAGCUGCUGUAUGGACUAAAGUGCCCACUCAAAUGGGAGAACAAGAGGUCGUUCUCGCUUCAGCUUACCUCCCAGGCGACCGCUGUGAGAUGCCCACAAGGGAAGUAAUAGCCCUAGAGGAGUACUGCAGAAGGAGAAAGCUGAAACUAAUAAUGAGCUGUGACGCCAAUGCCCAUCACUGUGUUUGGGGCAGCUCGGACACCAAUUCUAGAGAUAAUUUACCAGAAUACCUAAAGAUUAACUUAAAGUAUGGCAGCAAUGUGCACAACAAAGAUACACGUAAGAAAAAUGACUUCAAUUUACCCAUGUAA